AUGCCGAACCCUCGCGCGUACCUCGACAUGGCCCUACCAGUUGUGAAGUCUCUCCCAGAGUGCGCCGACUACUUCAAGACUGUAGAGCCGUUUCUCCCUCAGUUCUAUGACCUUCCCUACAAAAUUGCGGCACACGUGACCGAUCCACAGGCGUUGAAGGAAAUCUAUGUCAACACCAACCCCCUCAUGUCGGCGCUGGCCUUUGCCGUCAUGUUUGUCACGCCGCUUGUGCUGCUUGUCUCCGAGGUCAAUCGCAACUACUCGCAGGUCGACCGCCUGUGGAGCAUUCUGCCGGUCAUCUACAAUGUGCACUAUGGCGUGUGGGCCCAUCUGAACGGCCUGCCUGCCCUGCGACUGGAUCACGUCAUGGCUGUAUCACUCCUCUGGGGUGGUAGAUUGACCUUCAACUACUGGCGCAAGGGCGGGUACCAGGUGGGAAGUGAGGAUUACCGGUGGAACAUUGUGAAGGACUAUAUCGGAGCCCCCGGCAUGUUCAUCUUGAACGUUACUUUUAUCUCGCUUGGGCAGAACAUCCUGCUCUGGCUCAUCACCACGCCUACCUACAUCCUGCUCCUCACCUCGCGCAUCCAAGGCAAUGAGCUCACAACCUAUGACACUCUCUUCGGCCGUGCCAUGCUUGUCGUAGUCGUUCUCGAGUUCUUCGCCGACCAGCAGCAAUGGAAUUACCACGCCGCCAAGGAGGCUUAUAGUAAAACAGCACGAGUGCCAACCGAAUACAAAUACACGCGCGAACAGCUCGACCGCGGCUUCAACACGUCUGGCCUCUGGGCAUGGUCCCGUCAUCCCAACUUUGCUGCCGAGCAGACAUUUUGGGUAUUCCUAUACCAAUGGUGUUGUUUAGAAAGCCAGACCUUUAUCAACUGGACUGGUGCGGGCGCUUUUGGUUACCUCAUUCUGUUCCAGGCCAGCACUUGGCUUACGGAGCUGAUCAGUGCUGGAAAGUACCCCGAGUACAAGGUUUACCAGAACCGUGUGGGCAAGUUCCUUCCCCGCCUGUUCACCACGAACAUGUCGGUCAAGCACACGCCCAAAGAGAAACAGCUGAUUGCAGACGCAAAGGCUGGAAAGGGUUCGUUGAAGCUAUAG